AUGUCAAUCGCUACCCUCUUAAAGACAGUCCUUGGACUAUACCUACUAUCCUCGUACAAGUCUGUCCCUGGAGCAUAUUUCGUCAGGUUCUACUACCACUGCUCCCGUCUUUUGUUGGUUCCGUUCGUGACAGGAAAGAAUACCAAGAAUAUUAAGAGAUUGCAAUCGACCGAGAACGGCUGUUUUGCAUUAGCAAGGGUGUCCACUUAUGUCUCCCCCCUGGAAUGUGAUUUCUACUUCCACAAGAAUAAUGCUACUUAUUUCGUCGAAAUGGACGUCUCGAGGGCUAAGCUUAUGUGCUCCAUCUUUCAAAAAUUAUUUCUCACAUCUAAGAGGUUCCCCUUCGUUCCCGUAGCAAAUGUGUUUACCAACUUUUUGAAAGAAUUGAAACCCUUCCAAUCAUACGACGUUGUCUCUUCCAUACUUGGUUGGGAUGAGAAAUGGAUUUACGUCAUUAGUAGAUUCACAAGAAAUAACGACAAGAUCCUCUGUUCGUUGUCAUUGACCAAGUAUGUGUUGAAAGACGGAAGAAAGACAAUCCCACCAGUGGAUGCAUUGACCAUUUGCGGACUGUAUAAUGAACAAGUGGAGGCCAUCUCGAAGAAGAACAUGCACGUGUUGAAAGAACAAUGUGGGUUCCAUGAAACAACACCGUUAGAACAAAUGACCUUCGACUAUAUAGAGCUAUGA